AUGACCAUGCGCGUGCUCUCCGCCUCGAGCGCCAUCAAGACCCACGUUGCACGUACCACCUCGUGCUGGGUGCGCGCGUCUUCGACACUCGAGACGCCUAGCUCCAAGCCCACGCGCUCACCUACUGCGCUGGGCCUCGUGCCUCGUCGCUCCAAUGUGCCAGAGCCUCCUAUCGAUAUUCAGACCGCUCUAAGCAAAUGCAAGGCCCAGAACGCGCGCAAAUUCGAUGAGACCAUUGACUUAGCAGUCCAGCUGGGCGUGGAUCCGCGCAAGCCCAACCAGAGCGUGCGCGGCGUGGUGAGUCUGCCGAACGGCACUGGCAAACCAGUUCGCAUUGCCGUGUUCGCCCGCGGACCCAAGGCUGAGGAAGCCAAGGCUGCCGGCGCUACUAUUGUGGGUGCCGAGGAUCUCGUGGAGCAGGUGCAGAGCGGCAAGCUGGAGUUCGACCGCUGCAUUGCUACGCCCGAUGUGAUGCCGCUUGUGGGUCGUGUGGCUCGAAUUCUUGGCCCUCGCGGUCUGAUGCCCAACCCAAAGCUGGGCACGGUGACACAGGAGGUCGGUGAUGCUAUUGCGGCGGCACGUGGCGGUCAGGUGGAGUUCCGCGCUGAGAAGAAGGGUAUCAUCCACGCUGGUGUAGGCAAGAUGAGCUUCUCGGAGGAGGCGCUGCUUGAGAACGUGCGAGCCUUCAUGGUCGCACUCAGCGACGCCAAGCCGGAAGGUGCAAAGGGCAAGUACAUUAAGGCUGCUCACUUGAGCUCCUCGAUGGGCCCGAGCUACAAUUUGGACAUCAAGUAUCUGGAUCCGGCCUCGACGUCUUUCAUGCGCUUCGAGUAA